CACAAUUAUAUAAAAGUUAACACAAAUUCAGAAAUCAUACUACUUUUUCAAACCUAAAGUCCAUAUACCAAUCAAACAUGUAUUUAAAACUAGUUGUGACCCUAAUAUCAGCCCAAUGUCUGUACGGGUGGACAGACGAUGGCCAGGCAUUGACACCACCGAUGGGUUUCCUGUCGUACACUGCUUUCGAUACGGACGAGAAUUGUGACAAAUAUCCCAAUGAAUGCGUUAAUGAAAAGUUGUAUAAAGAUAUGGCCGACAGACUGGUCGCCGACGGCUUUAAGGACUUGGGCUAUGAGUACAUCAAUAUAGACGACCGAUGGAGUGAACUUAAGAGAGACCCAAACACCCGACGGCUCAUACCUAACAAAAAGCGGUUUCCCAAUGGUAUCAAAGCUCUGGCAGACUAUAUGCACUCAAAAGGUCUUAAGCUUGGUAUUUAUGGUGAUAUCGGGAACCUUACAUGCAGCAACGGUUUCCCAAUGGUAUCAAAGCUCUGGCAGACUAUAUGCACUCAAAAGGUCUUAAGCUUGACAUUUGCCGAGUGGGGGAUCGACUCAUUCAAAGUGGACGGUUGUAAUGAAGAGCAUAAAAAGUUUGACACUUUAUACCCAAAGUUGGCUCAGGCUAUGAACGCCACGGGUCACAAGAUGUUGUUGGUGUGCGAGUGGCCAUUCUUCCAGUACGUGUUCAGUGGUAUUAAUCCUGAUUACGACGCCAUCGCUAAGACGUGUCACUCGUUUCGCAAUUAUAAGGAUGUGUUGGACUCGUGGGCCAGUAUUGACGAGAUUAUCCAAUAUUACGGUCAAUACAACGAUAUAUUCACUAAACAUAACGGACCGGGACAUUGGGCUGAUCCAGAUGAGCUAACAAUAGGCAACUCCGGGCUGUCGUGGCAUCAAAGUCGUACCCAAAUGGCGUUUUGGUGUAUGUGGUCGUCACCACUACUCAUGUCCACUGACUUAAGACAAUUGAAACCGGAAUUCAAAGCGAUUCUGCAAAACAAGGCACUGAUUGCUGUGAAUCAAGACAAACACGGAAUCCUCGCUAAGAGAGUGAUCGGCGACAAAAAUUCCGAGACACAGGUGUGGGUGAAACCGGUGGAGCCUGUGGUGAAUGGCCAGUGGUCUCAAGUGGUCACAUAUCUGAAUAGGAGACCAAUGGGUCAUCCAAUCUAUAUAUCACACAAAGUGUCUGAACUGAUCCCAUCAGCGGUUAAAGAGACCAAAUACGAAGUACAUGACCUGUUCCUCGAUGAGGGCAAAGAAGUGUUGGGAACCGUCACCAAAGAUGAUAACCUCGAGCUAUUGGUUCACACAUCGGGUGCCGUCAGGGUUGUCAAGCUGUUAGUCAAAUAAAUGUUUUAAAAAUAAAAAAUGUCAUUAAAUGA